GCGAAUAUUGCUUGCGGCGAAGAGGAUGAAGAUCACGUGCAAUCUGACCGCGAGGCGCUCGGCCACGCUGGAAGCAAGCGUAUGACGUGGCUCGUUGGAAUGCGUCGGGGCAGUCAAUCAGAGAACGCAUCACCUGCGCUGUGCACGACGGCGAAGCGGGCUACUGGACGACAACACGGCUGCUGCAUACCUUCCCCGAAGAGAUUGUUCGCAGCGGGAAUCCUUCUGGACAAAGUGGACUACAGCAUGGCGAGGCGGAUGGCAGAGCAGCAAGCCGACACAACGGGACGCCAAAUUUGCCUGGUGGAGCAGGGAUUUACGGGCCGCGGCGACACGAGUUACUGCAAGGCGGCCAUCAUGCUGCGGAACAUCCAGGGCAACAUUGGGCUGUUCGGAAUCUUGCACGACAUCGUGGACGAGGAGCACGGACACCACGCCUAUGCUGAUGACAUCUUCCUGCAGCCGCAGCUGUCGUCCCAGUCCUCGAUCAUCGCUGUUCGAGGACCCAGUGCAAUUUGGACGCCUCGCACAGGAAACCUCUGCGGAGAAGAAACUCCUGGAACGAGUCCGACAUCCCUGCUCCAACAAGCGACCUUCUUGCUGCUGUGUCCAGCCGUCGACAGCGUGCCUUGGACAUCGGCGACUGCCGUGAAGCAGACCGCCGAAAAAAGCAAGAGUCUACAAUGAAUUUUAAUUUCACUGACAGCGCUGGCACAUGCUACAAGACUUGGAGCACAGUGCCCCAGCAAGUCAGAACUAUAGUGCAACGAACGAUAAUUUAGAAAUAUCUUAAUUUUUCUGCCAUUCGCGUGAGAUAGAAUAAAACCGACGGUUUGCGAAA